AUGUCCACCUGGCUUCGACUCUUGACAGUCACAUUCCUCUGCCUCCUCGUGGCAGCUCGUGAACUGGGCGACUCAUACACUAACGAUCCAAACGUCUACGAACUCACACCGCUGAACUUCGAUAAGGUGGUCCACAGAUCCAACUACACGUCUAUCGUCAAGUUCUACGCUCCGUGGUGUGGCUACUGUAAGCAAUUGCUGCCUAUCUGGCAUAAGCUCGGGAAGUUUCUUCAUAAGGAUGGGAAAUAUGGCGUUCACGUGGCGGCGGUGAACUGUGAUAAGGACUCCAAUAAGCCCUUGUGUGCUUCUUAUAGAGUGCAAGGGUUUCCUACGUUGGUGGUGUUCCGUCCGCCUAAGUAUGCUCCAGGGAAAGCUCUGCUGAAGUCGAAACAUGUGCCUGAACCGUAUAAUGGCCAGAGAACGCUUAAGGCAAUGACAGACUUUGUUUCUGGCAGAAUUAAGAACUACGUGACGAGAGUCCACGGGUUGAAGGACCUUCCUGGGUUCUUAGAAGGCGAGGGGCCUCGUGUGGUGCUCUUGUCGAAGAAUAGUAACGUUUCGCCGGUUUAUAAGACCAUGGCGAUUGACUUUCUUUCUACAGUGAGUUUUGGCUAUUUGAAGACAAACGUCGCUGAACCUGCUACGGUGACUGUGGGUGGAAAGAAGGUUGAUCUUCCUAUUCAGGAGGGCGACACGCUUCCUAUUUUGUUGUACUGGGACUCUGAAAAGGGCACCUUCUCGAGGUUCAACAAGGGUAAGCUUACGAAUAAGCAUGAAAUGGAGUCCUGGGUCCAGGAACAAACAGGAAUUAAACCUACUGAAGGUGGUCUCUCCAAGAAAGAUAAAAAGUACUACGCCAAGUAUAGAGGCGAAAAGGUCGUGGAGCACGAUGAGCUUUAG